AUGUACGGUACUGAAAGUGUUGUGGCCACGAAUGUUACCAGCCAUUGCCAAGAUCCAAUGACACCCAAAAUGUCGGAAAAUUUCAAACGCACAAGACUACGUACAUCGAAAAGACUCAGAAUGGACAAGGAUCGUGCCUUGGAGGAUAUGAUGGGGAAGUUGGGGGACUUCGGUCGAUAUCAAGGCUUACAGUUCUUCCUCCAUAUCCUCUCAGCUUUAACGGCGGGGCUUCACAUGCUGUCAUUAGUUACAGUCGCUGCUGUUCCUGAACACAGAUGCUGGAUUGAUGGUGUCGACACAAACGAAUCGGUGGCCUUAUGGAAUUCGUCAGAAAUAUUGAAGUCUAUACCUUUGACCUCUACCGGUAGUCUGAGCAGUUGUUUGAUGUACAAUGAAGAGAAUGUAACAGUAUCUUGCAACAAAUGGGUAUACGAUUCAAAAUACAGAACAUCUUCUCGAGGCAUUGACUGGAACUUAGUAUGCGAUCAAAGGUGGAGAGGUGCAUUAGCCCAAACCAUGUACAUGUUAGGAGUUUUCACAGGAGCUGUUUAUUUAGGAGGCCUAGCUGACAAAAUAGGUCGCAAAAAAGUAUUUUGCAUGUCCGCUGUAUUACAAUUAAUUUUGGGUGUAGUAGUUGCCUUUAUUCCAGAGUAUUGGACAUUUGUAGUCGUAACCUAUUUAUACGCAAUUUUUGGAUCUGCCGGGGCAUAUAUUCCUGCAUUUGUACUCACUAUGGAAUUAGUAGGCCCAAGCAAAAGAACUAUUUGUGGUGUCGCCUUUCAAGCUACUUUUGCUUUAGGUAUAAUGUUGGUUGCAGGUUGGGGCGCGCUUAUUGACAAUAGGGUUGUACUUCAAGUUGUGUAUGGACUGCAUGGUUUAAUUCUUAUUCCACAUAUUUGGGUAAUGGAUGAGUCACCACGUUGGCUCUGGGCUCAAGGCAGACCCAAAGAAGCUGUAGAUAUUGUUCAAAAAGCUCUUAAAUGUAAUAAAUCCGAUGAAGUUUUAGACCGGGCAUUUUUAGUUUCUAAAGGAAAAGUUGAAAAGUCUAAAAAUACAGAGUCGUCUGCAAGCGUUUUCGAUUUGUUUAAAACACCAAAUUUACGGAUUAAAACUUUGAAUGUUUGUCUCUGUUGGUUUGCUAAUUCUUUAGUCUACUAUGGUCUUACUCUUAGUACUGGAAAAUUGGAAGGAAAUCCUUAUCUUAUAACAGCUGUUUUUGGUUUAGUAGAGUUACCAAGCUAUGCCGCCGUUGUAUAUUUCCUCGAUAUUUGGGGGCGCAGGCCGCUUAUGAGUUCCAUGAUGCUGGUAGGUGGCAGUGCAUGUAUCAUUGCCGCCUUUAUUAAUCCAGAAUCUAUCGUGUCAACUGUUGUUGUGAUAGCAGGAAAGUUGUUCAUAGCUGGUUCUUUUGCAAUUAUUUAUAAUUAUUCCGCUGAAUUGUUCCCUACAGUUGUCCGAAAUUCGGCUAUAGGAUUAGGAUCAAUGUGCGCUCGGUUUUCAGGGGCUCUUACACCUUUGAUAACUUUGCUCGAUUCUUUUGAUCCGAAAAUUCCUGCAGCCACCUUUGGUUUAGUAGCUAUAGUGUCAGGAUUUCUUUGCUUCUUCUUACCUGAAACAAUGAAUCAUCCAAUGCCACAGUCAUUAGAAGACGGAGAACACUUUGGCAAGGGUGAAACUUGUUUCACAAGUUGUUUGGGUAAAAGAGAUAGCAUUGAUUCAUAUAAUGCCGAUGACAAAGCAGAGGAAAUGGUGUCAUUAGAUGAUAUGGGUAAAAAAGUUUAA